AUGUGUAUGGCAUCAACGUCAAUUUCAUUAGAGAGUAUCGACUCCAUCCGUCCACCGCCAUCGUACCAGAAGACAAACCCUACUUAUCCAUCACCAACCCAUGUCCUAGGGCGUCUCAACGAGAUCCUUCAAGCAGGAAAUCAGAGCCAAAUGCCCUCAUCCAUGAACCGCCCAGAUAUGCGAAAGCUCUCUCUCCUUCCCCAAGGCUGA